CCUGCGCGCCGCGGGCUGACCAAGCCGAGCUUACCCUGCGGAGCCGGCGCUGGAUCCCGCGGCCGCUGCCUCGUCUUCUGUCGGCUCCGCCGCCAGCCGGGGCUCGGGCCCGGGCCCGGGCCCCCGGGACAUGGCCGUCCGGAGUGCGCAGGAUGAUGGUCCCACCUCCAGCCGCUGGGACGGCGGCGCGGGGAAGGCAGACUUUAAUGCCAAAAGGAAAAAGAAAGUGGCAGAGAUCUACCAGGCUCUGAACAGUGAUCCCACUGAUGUGGCUGCCCUUAGACGUAUGGCUAUCAGUGAAGGAGGGCUCCUGACUGAUGAGAUCAGGCGGAAAGUGUGGCCCAAGCUCCUCAAUGUCAACACCAAUGAUCCACCUCCUAUAUCAGGGAACGACCUACGACAGAUGAGCAAGGACUACCAACAAGUGCUCCUGGAUGUCAGGCGGUCUUUACGGAGGUUCCCUCCUGGCAUGCCAGAAGAACAGAGAGAAGGGCUCCAGGAAGAACUGAUCGACAUCAUCCUCCUCAUCUUGGAGCGCAACCCUCAGCUGCACUACUACCAGGGCUACCACGACAUCGUGGUCACAUUUUUGCUGGUGGUAGGCGAGAAGCUGGCAACAUCCCUGGUAGAAAAAUUGUCUACCCAUCACCUCAGGGAUUUCAUGGAUCCAACAAUGGACAACACCAAGCAUAUAUUAAACUAUCUGAUGCCCAUCAUUGACCAGGUGAAUCCAGACCUCCAUGACUUCAUGCAGAGUGCCGAGGUGGGGACCAUCUUUGCGCUCAGCUGGCUCAUCACCUGGUUUGGGCACGUCCUGUCUGACUUCAGGCACGUCGUGCGGUUAUACGACUUCUUCCUGGCCUGCCACCCACUGAUGCCCAUUUACUUUGCAGCUGUGAUCGUGUUGUAUCGAGAGCAGGAAGUCCUGGAUUGUGACUGCGACAUGGCCUCAGUCCACCACCUGUUGUCCCAGAUCCCUCAGGACCUGCCCUAUGAGACACUGAUCAGUAGAGCAGGAGACCUCUUUGUUCAGUUCCCCCCGUCCGAACUUGCUCGGGAGGCAGCUGCCCAACAGCAAGCUGAGAAAACGGCAGCCUCUACCUUCAAAGACUUUGAGCUGGCAUCAGCCCAGCAGAGGCCUGACAUGGUACUGCGGCAGCGGUUUCGGGGACUUCUGCGGCCUGAGGAGCGAACAAAAGAUGUCCUGACCAAACCAAGGACCAACCGCUUUGUGAAGCUGGCAGUGAUGGGACUGACGGUGGCACUUGGAGCAGCCGCUCUGGCUGUGGUGAAAAGUGCCCUGGAGUGGGCCCCAAAGUUUCAGCUGCAGCUGUUUCCCUAAAUGCCUGAGAAGACACUUCCUCUUACAUGACAUCAAGGUCUCACCCUUCCAUGGACAGAUUGGGAGGGGGUGGAAUUUCCUUUAUUAAAAGGGUUUCUGUCGAGGGUUUUCUAUUUCUGCACCCUUCCCCCCGUCCGUGGAUGCCUUUGCCUCAGAGGCCAGUAGCAGAGCCUGCGUGACGCUGGGCACUCGGGUCCUGAGCACAGAACUCUUUCUGCCUCACAGUGGGCUUCUGAGUGGGCUCUCUGCUGCCUCCUCUUGUGUUGAGGGAAGUGGGUUUCUGCAGCUCCCGGCUGCCUUAGGAACCCGCUGGGCCUGGUCACUGGGGAGCAUCUUGGCUGCUCGUAGUAAGCUGGACCACUGAAUGCCCUCCUGGCAGCUCCUCCCGUUCUGACUGCUUCAGCCAGACAAAGAAGGACGAAGCUGCUGCUAAAGAAGUCAGACCUUGGAAUGAAGGCGAAGGGGCAGAGAAGGCCAGCCUGGGAGCAAGAUUGGCCCCCUUUUAAGAACAGCUCCAUUAGCUGGUCAGAAAUCUAAGAGACACAUGUGAACUAGGUUACUAGGUAAAUCCUACCUAUUUUCAGUCUAGAAAUCACUUGGGCAUUUCCAGUCAAACAGGAAGGAAUGUUACGUUUUAGGGCGCAGACAUAGGCUGGUUUUUGCCUGCCUUUUUUUUUUUUCUCCUUAUUCUCUUCCACAAGCCACAUGACAAUGCAUAUAAAAGACACUUUUACUACUAUUUUUAGAAUUACACACACCCAACAUGUAAAGUACCCGCACUUUUAAAGUAAUAGUUCCUUCAUGGAAAAAAAAAUCGUUCUCGUCAGAAGGAUGAGCUUCUAAAACCCUGAAGUUUCCUUUCCACUAGAUAUUUAACGUUUCACUUUAGUCAGAGUUGCUGUUUGUAAGCAGCCCCACACUUCCAUCGUGCCCUCUUCUUCUCCAGCUCCCCUUCCUUCCCUCCUGUUUUCCUCCAGUCACCCUUCUACUCCCAAAUAGGCAUCCACUCACAACCUUGGCUUUGUUUUGUGGGUUUAACUUAUCUCCUCAGCUGCUGGUCUCUCCUUCCUGGUAGGAAAUGUCACUGGGAACUCGUCCGCACCCAGAAGGGGACAAACCGCAUCCUGAAGCGUGUGGCGGGAGCCUGGGACAGCCAGACCGAGGCUUCCUAAGGACUCUCCAGGUCUUAAGGACAAGAUGGAUAUUCACUUCCUCUGGUACAGCUUUUCCUAUAAGCGAAGCCAGGUUUGUUUUAGAUUAACUGUGGCUUGAAAAAAAGUGCCUUUUGCUGCUCUGAAGAACUGGGGUGUAUAGUGUGAAGCAGCCAUGUAUUUUUAUUUUCCUGGUCUGUUGCAGGCACUGUUCUCUCUUGGCAGGUGUUUUCUUAAAGUAAACAUGCCAGAAGCACUCCACCCCACCACACCCAGACCUCCACGUCCUCCCCAUAUGCCCAUGGUGUGCAGAGUGGUUAGGAGAGGCAUCUGUCCACACCGAGUUACACUAAGCACUUUACAACCAAAACAAGCUCAAAGUGGCAGGUCAUUCUCCAUAGCAGGAGUCCCACCUGGGGUUAGCGUGAUGUGGAUGGAUGAGUCUAGAAAGUGGUAGAUUUAUCAAGACAAAGGAAAGUCUUCCAGGAUCCAGAUGACGUGACAGAAGUUCCCAGUCUUCUCCCGCAACAAAUUUGUCCUCUUGUCAUCUUUCCAAAUGGGCAGCAUUGGCCCCUCCUGCCACAGCCCCUUGGGCCUGUCUGUAAAUACUGAAGGAAUUGAUGGGGAAGAGGAAGGGAGGUGCAUGUGAUCAGGGUCCCAAGGCCAUGGCUUUUUGGAUCCCAGGAAGCAGGUGGCAUUGACUUUUGUUGUGGCCUAGGAAGGAGGAAGUUCAUUUGUAUUAUAGCUUUUCUGACAUCAGGAUUAUCCCCUGCCAAUGAGAAGAAAGCAUUAUCUUUUUACCUUCAAGUGGUUUACUAUUCUGUAAGGAAUAUGUGUAAAUAUUUUGUACAGAGCCCUGUAUGAAAUAAACAGCCAUAUGUGGCUACUAAUCGCUUCUGUCAUUCUUUCCUUGUUGGAGUGGCUUUAGCUUUAGACAUCUGGCCUUGAUGCUCCCUCCCUUCCACCCCUGACCUGGAGAUGUGCUGUAUCUGUGGACUCCUGGUUGGCCUUGACUUGCCCGGAGAGCUUGGACAGUACCUGCAGUCCUGUUUCUGUUUUUCCCGAGGCAAGAACCCACGUUGCCUGGGUCCACUGUUUCCUUGGCCCAGAGGGGAGACGUAAGGGGGCUGAAGGCUGAGCAGGCAUCACUCGGCUCCCCGACCGUGUCCCACCACCGUAGGCCAGCUGCCCAUGCUGUCCUUUGAUUUGACUUGUGGAGGACACAGGGCUGGCCAGGACACCGCCCUGCCUCUGGGACCUCACCAGAGAACUGCAUUGAAGGAGCAAUUGGUUUUCAGUGGCAGUUUCAUAGUUGAUUGAAUGUAAAGAGAAUUUUGAUAAAUAGAAAACUGAAGGAAGGGUAUGUGUGGUGAAAUAAAUAUUUGGGUUUUGUCCCCACUUCCCCUGAAACCCUUAGAA